AUGCCGCUAAAGUCAACACACAAGCCAGUAGAGCUUGCGCCACUGGCGCCCGGAUGGACAGAGCACAAAGCUCCCACCGGGCACAUGUACUAUUAUAAUGCACACACCAAAGAAUCAACAUAUACCAGACCGACCGUGGAGCCGAUAGCACAGCCCGCGCAACCAGCUCUGGCGAAUCCGUAUGCCAAUGCGCCAUCGCUGGCUGAUCCUCGAGCAGCAAAUCAGUACAUGGCGCAGUUCAACCAACCACAAUCACAACAGCAUGGACGCGGUAGUCAGACAGGGGGGCGAGGAGGAUUCGAGGGUCGACCGAAACCACAACCGAUCGACAAGCCGCGAAGCAAAGAGCGUAUUCCAGGCCACGAGCCGUGGAUCCUCGUUUACACUAAGUACUCGCGGCGCUUUGUCUAUAACUCUGCAAAGAACACCAGCUAUUGGAGAAUCCCCGAGAAGCUGAUGCCUGCCAUAUUGGAAUUGGACAAGGCACGAAUAAAACGAGCUGCGGCGGGAGACGAUGCGCCACCUGAAGCUGAAGCUGGAGAGGACGCCGGUGACAGCUCUGAAUACGAGGAGGUUGAAGUUACUGACGACGAAGGCGAAAAUGACGGCCAGGCAAGCACAGAUCACCCACACAAGCGGCAAAGGCUGGAGGGUGAUGGUCAAGUAGGAGCAGCAGAAGAUGACGACGAAGAGGAGCAAGAAGGAGAGGAGGAGGAAGACGCUGGUCCCAUUGAGUUCACAGAAGACGAUAUUGCAAUGCAGCUGCAAGCCAUGGGUGAAGACUACGACUUGGAGCCAGGAGAGUAUGAUGACGGAAACAUGGAAGACUGGCCAGAAGGCGCCCAGGGAGUAGAAUUCUCCCAGGAGGAUGCAAAGCUCCUCUUCAAAGAUUUGCUUAAUGACUUCCGCAUCAGCCCUUACAGCCCGUGGGACAAGCUGAUAGAGGAAGGCAAGAUCAUCGAUGACCAAAGAUAUACAGCCCUAUCGACAACAAAAGCCAGAAAAGAAUGCUGGGACGAAUGGACACGCGAACGCAUUGCGGAAAUCAAAGAGCAGCGCGCGCGACAGGCCAAGACGGAUCCUCGCAUCCCCUACCUUGCUCUCCUCCAGGAAAAAGCCACACCCAAGCUAUUCUGGCCAGAGUUUAAGAGGAAAUACAAAAAGGAGGAUGCGAUGAAGGAUAUGAAGCUAACCGACAAGGAGCGCGAGAAGCUCUACCGCGAGCACAUUAACCGCCUGAAGCUUCCGCCAUCCACGCUCCGCGCUGACUUGACCACACUCCUCAAGUCCAUGUCAAUUCUGCAACUCCACAAUCAGUCCAAGGUAGACGAGCUGCCCGACCAGAUCCUGACCGAUUUGCGAUUCAUCUCGCUGGACCCCAAGGUCCGAGAUCCCCUGAUUGAGGCUCUUGUCCAGACGCUUCCGCCGCCUGUGGAGGACAUUGCCGCUGCUGAGGAAGACGAAGACAAGCGCAAGCAGCGAGAAGCCAAGGCGAAGCGGUCCAAGGCGCUGGAGGAGCAUAACCGCAUGAUUGAUGAACAAAAGAGACGCCGUGAGCGAGACAUUGCGUCUAGUAAGGCCCGUUUACGUGAUGAAGAGCGGGAAUUAGAAAUGGCCAUGCACGUUAGCAAGAGGGGCUUGCAGACCCAGCUUGCGAGCAUGAAAACGACAAAUAAUACUGACGAGAAAGAGGAAUGA